AUGACAAUGUGCAAGACCUGUGGGUAUCUGCAGAUUUAUACAAAAGUACAUCACAUCAGACUCCUUGCAAAGGAUAAAAUGGUGAUGAAGGUGAUAGACAUAUGGGAUCCAGAAGAGCAGAGAGAACACAAUAUCAUCAAUGCUGCAUCUAUCAAACGAGACAAGGAUGCAGGGGUGUGGAGGAUCUUGCGUCAAAAUGCGAAGGACAGGACUAUCGAGGAGAUGGUCUUCACAAUCACAGGUGCCAUAUUUGUGACGGAUAUACCACCUGUAAUGAAGGAGACAAGGAAAAGACGAUACCAUGUCCACAAUCAAGGAGAUACAAGUUAUGGGGGAAAGAGAGUUCAGGGAAGGGGAAUUAGAGAACUGGAAACCGGAUAUGGAGACGAUGAACUGCUAUUUCAGACCCAAAAACAGUUUGAACAAAGAGGAAGGAAACCUAUUGCAGCCAAUGUCGACCCAGUGGGUGUACUCGCCAAGAUAGCGCAGCGGAAGUCAAUCCACACUGAAGAAAACAUUGUGUGCUACUUCAGAGGAGGGAGGGAAGAAAAGAUACAUGAUGGUAAAGCCACAGACAUUCCAGUGAGUGAUACAGACAAAGGUAUCAAGGACAACAUACUGAUCAGACUUAUCCACAGAAAGCCAAUUUGGACAGGAGAAAUGUGGAGAGUAUGCCAGCUCCAGCUCAUGCGGAUGAAGAGAAAGAUAGAUUUUGAGGAAGAUGAAGACGAGGAUGAAUAUGCGGGCGGGCGCUAA